AUGGAUGAGUCCAAUGUGACGUCCUUUGCAGUCGAGGGCUCCUCGAACACCUCCACCGGCCGGAACACCUCCGCCGGGGACCCGCGCCAGGGGGUCCCAGUCGUGCACUGGGUAAUUAUGAGCAUUUCCCCCGUGGGCUUUGUUGAGAACGGAAUUCUCCUCUGGUUCCUCUGCUUCCGAAUGAGAAGAAACCCCUUCACCGUCUACAUCACCCACUUGUCGAUCGCGGACAUCUCGCUGCUCUUUUGCAUCUUCAUUCUGACUGUCGACUAUGCUUUGGAUCAUGAGCUCUCUUCCGGCUACUACUACACAAUCGUCACGUUAUCCGUGACGUUUCUGUUUGGCUACAACACGGGCCUCUAUCUGCUGACGGCCAUCAGUGUGGAGAGGUGCCUGUCUGUCCUGUACCCCAUCUGGUACCGAUGCCAUCGCCCCCAGCACCAGUCGGCGUUCGUCUGUGCCCUUCUCUGGGCACUCUCCUGCUUAGUGACCACCACGGAAUAUGUCAUGUGCAUCGACAGCAAAGGGCAGAGUCACUCUCGGAGUGACUGUCGGGCAGUGAUCAUCUUCAUAGCCAUUCUGAGCUUCCUGGUCUUCACCCCACUCAUGAUGGUGUCCAGCACCAUCCUGGUGGUCAAGAUCCGAAAGAACACGCGGACAUCCCACUCCUCGAAGCUGUACCUGGUCAUCACGGUCACCAUCGUCAUCUUCCUCAUCUUCGCCAUGCCCAUGAGACUUCUCUACCUGCUGUACUACGAGUACUGGUCCACGUUCAAGGACCUCCACCACAUCUCCCUUCUCUUCUCCACCAUCAACAGCAGCGCCAACCCUUUCAUCUACUUCUUCGUGGGCAGCAGCCGGAACAAGCGCUUCAAGGAAUCCUUGAAGGUGGUUCUGACCAGGGCUUUCAAAGAUGAAAUGCAACCCCGGCGCCAGGAAGGCAACAGCCAUACCGCCACCAUCGAGACUGUCGUCUGA